GGCGGCGAAGUUGAGUUGUUGAACGCCCCGGUGGCCCUGGCGGUGAUGGGUUUCCGGCCGGAGGCCAUUCGAGGGGACACCCGGAAGGCGGAAGUGCCCGGCCGGAAGUGCUCGUGCAGACCAGAGAAUGGCGGCUGGAGGCUGGAUUUGGCGCUGGGGCUGGGGCCGGCGGUGCCCGGGGAAGCCUGGGCUUCCCGGCCCCGGCCCUGGCCCCGUUCCAUCUCUGCUGCUGCUGUUUCUCCUGUCGCUGGGGCCGGUGGCUGCAGACAUAACCGACGGCAACAGCGAACACCUCAAGCGGGAGCACUCGCUCAUCAAGCCCUACCAAGGGGUCGGCUCCAGCGCCAUGCCCCUAUGGGACUUCCAGGGCAGCACGAUGCUCACGAGCCAGUACGUGCGGCUGACCCCCGACGAGCGCAGCAAGGAGGGCUCGAUCUGGAAUCGCCAGCCCUGCUUCCUCAAGGAUUGGGAGAUGCACGUGCACUUCAAGGUCCACGGCACAGGCAAAAAGAACCUGCAUGGGGAUGGCAUCGCCCUUUGGUACACACGUGACCGCCUGGUGCCAGGGCCCGUGUUUGGGAGCAAAGACAACUUCCACGGCCUGGCCAUCUUCCUGGACACAUACCCCAAUGAUGAGACCACCGAGCGCGUGUUCCCCUACAUUUCGGGCAUGGUGAACAACGGCUCGCUGUCCUACGAGCACAGCCGGGAUGGCCGCGCCACCGAGCUGGCUGGCUGCACAGCAGACUUCCGCAACCGCGAGCAUGACACCUUCUUGGCCGUGCGCUACUCGCGGGGUCGCCUGACGGUGAUGACUGACCUGGAGGACAAGAACCAGUGGAAGAACUGCUUCGACGUCACUGGGGUGCGCCUGCCCACCGGCUAUUAUUUCGGAGCCUCUGCUGGCACCGGAGACCUGUCGGACAAUCACGACCUCAUCUCGGUGAAGCUGUUCCAACUGAUGGUGGAGCACACGCCCGACGAGGACAGCAUCGACUGGACUAAGAUCGAGCCCAGCGUCAGCUUCCUCAAGUCACCCAAAGACAACGUGGAUGACCCGACGGGGAACUUCCGCAGCGGGCCCCUGACCGGGUGGCGGGUCUUCCUGCUGCUGCUGUGCGCGCUGCUGGGCAUCAUCGUGUGCGCCGUGGUGGGCGCCGUGGUCUUCCAGAAGCGGCAGGAGCGGAAUAAGCGUUUCUACUGAGCCCUCCCCGCGCAUGUGUAAUGCGCAUGCGCCCACCUGCCGGAAGUCGGGGUUGUUUCCGUUUUGAUUUUCAAACCUGGGAUUGUAAACGACCCCCGAGCAGCCCGCCCGCCCGCCCUUUCGUAACCCGUUUCAAAGAAAUCAUUAAAGUAUUUUCUUACACUUGGCUUCUUGCCCGCCAGGGGCUGCAGGGCGGAGACGGAGGGGUGCAGGGGGAAGUCAGGAGCGGCGGCGGCAGCCCCGCGACGGCGAGGCGAGGCGCUGGGCAGUGCAGGCGCCCAGGAACUAUGGGAGUCGGUGGCCGGAGCUGUCCGAGGCCCCCGUAGGCACUGGCAACACUGGAGACCCCCCCCCCCACUCUUCCGAGGAUGCUGCAGAGCGUGGGGUGCUACAGGGGAGAGCCAGGCCGCCCCC